AUGGCGGCGGCGGCGGCGGCGGCGGCGGGACCCGCAGAGCCCCCGUCGGGGCCCGCGGCGGGCGCCCGCUUCUUCUGCACCGCGGGCCGCGGCCUGGAGCCCUUCCUGAUGCGGGAGGUGCGGGCGCGGCUGCAGGCCACGCAGGUUGAAUAUAUUUCAGGAAAAGUUUUUUUCACCACCUGUUCUGACUUGAAUAUGCUGAAAACAUUAAAAUCCGCAGAAAGAUUAUUUUUGCUGAUUAAAAAGCAGUUGCCAUUUAAUGUUUCUUCUGUAAGUAAAGGAAAAAUAUUUUAUGAAAUGCAAAGAUUUAUAAGUGAUGAUCCUGAAAGUUGGUUGAAUGCCAUUUCGAUUUGGAAAAAUCUUCUUGAACUUGAUGCAAAAAAGACAAAACUUUCUCAAGGAGAUGCUAACCCACUAAAAAGAAAAAGGGAAGAAAAUGACAGCAUUAUUGCUAAGAAAUUAAAAGCAGAACAAAUGCAAGAGACACAAGAGAAUAGGGAACGCCAGCUGGAAGAGCCAAAAGGAGAGGAAACACUGGAGCGAGGAGAUCCUCUCACUGAAAGAGAGGAAUGUCAAGAAGAACUUCAGAAUGACGUCACAAAAGCAGGAGAUAUUCUUAACCAGAAGGACUUGACCUUCAGAGUUUCCUGUCGCUGCAGUGGAGCCAUUGCAAAGACCCUUUCUGCCCAGGAAGUAGGAAGAAUAAUUGGAAUUGCUCUUAUGAAACAUUUUGGAUGGAAAGCAGAUUUGAGGAAUCCGAACUUAGAGAUAUUUAUACAUCUAAAUGACACUUACUCUCUCAUGGGAAUUCCUGUUUUCAGGGUUUCUUUAGCCAGCAGAGCUUACCUCAGGACAGCAGGACUGAGGUCUACCGUAGCAUGGGCAAUGGCCUCUGUCGCUGAAAUUAAGACUGGUGCAUUUGUUUUAGAUCCAAUGUGUGGACUCGGAACAAUACUUUUGGAAGCAGCUAAAGAAUGGCCGGAUGUGUACUAUGUGGGCGCUGAUGUCAGCGACUCACAGUUACAAGGUGCAUGUGACAACGUGAAAGCUGCAGGCCUCAUGGGUAAAAUUGAGUUACUUAAAGUCUCUGUUAUAGAAUUGCCAUUGCCUUCAGAAAGUGUCGAUAUUAUUAUUUCUGACAUCCCAUUCGGGAAAAAGUUUAAGUUAGGGAAAGACAUCAAACGCAUUCUACAAGAAAUGGAAAGAGUGCUCCAUGUUGGCGGGACCGUUGUACUGUUGCUCAGUGAAGAUCACCGUAGGCGCCUCACAGACUGUGAAGGGAGCGGCUUCCCUUUGAAUUCCAAAGGCAGCCACUCCGAUGAACCUGGAGUUGAAAAAUGUUUGAUUCUCGAAGGAGAAACUGGCAUAUCAGAGACAGUGUCAUCUUCAUUUGAAGCCAGUCACCAGGAAUGCUUACAUAAAAUGCCACCGUUUGGCUCCUUGGUGCCAGUGGAAUGCUACAAAGUUAGCCUUGGGAAAACAGAUGCAUUUAUAUACAAAUAUAAGAAGUCAUCUUCUUCUGGACUGUAG